AUGGCGCUCCGACAAGCUGCCACGGCAGCCCUUGCCGGUCUAGCUUCAACCGCAAGGGCAUUGUACGUCAAUGGCUCGGUUAUAGCUCCAUGCGACUCGCCGCUCUACUGCCAGGGCGAAAUUCUCAAGGCCAUUGAACUGGCCAAGCCGUUUGCUGAUUCCAAGACAUUUGUUGAUAUGCCAACAAUCAAGCCCGUGGACGAGGUGAUUGCGGCGUUCAACAAGUUAACCCAGCCUAUCUCCAACAAUUCGGAACUCAACGCAUUCCUAGCGGAGAACUUCGCCCCGGCCGGCGGUGAGCUGGAGGAGGUCCCUAAGAGUGAGCUCGACACAGACCCAAUCUUCCUCGACAAGAUUCAGGACAGCACCAUCAAGGAAUUCGUCAGCAAGGUGAUCGACAUCUGGCCCGAUUUGACUCGUCGCUAUGCCGGCUCGGGAGAAUGCUCCCAGUGCGCGAACAGCUUUAUCCCGGUGAACCGCACUUUCGUUGUGGCUGGAGGCCGCUUUCGUGAGCCUUACUACUGGGAUUCGUACUGGAUCACCGAGGGCCUGCUGCGUACCCGCGGUGCCUUUACCCAGAUUACCAAGAACAUCAUUGAGAACUUCCUGGACUUUGUCGGCACCAUCGGUUUCAUCCCCAACGGCGCCCGGCUCUACUACCUGAAUAGGUCUCAACCACCGCUCCUGUCACUGAUGGUCAAGACGUAUAUCGAGCACACCAACGACACGAGCAUCCUGGACCGGGCGCUGCCUCUUCUGAUUAAGGAGCACGAGUUCUUCACAAAGAACCGGAGCAUCUCGGUUACUGCCCAGGACGGCAAGAAGUAUACCCUCAACAGGUAUAAUGUUGCCAACAACCAACCCCGUCCCGAGUCGUAUCGAGAGGACUACAUUACCGCCAACAAUCAAUCCUACUAUGCGUCGUCCGGCAUCAUCUACCCAGUCCACCAACCGCUGAACGAGACAGAGAAGGAAACACUGUACUCCAAUUUGGCGACCGGCGCAGAGUCUGGUGUGGACUACACUGUUCGAUGGCUAGUCAACCCUAACGAUGCCGCGCGGGAUGUCUACUUCCCACUUCGUUCACUCAAUGUCCGCGAUAUGGUGCCUGUCGAUCUCAACGCAAUCCUAUACCAGACGGAGACCAUCAUUUCUGAGUACCUCGAGCGUGCUGGCAACUUGUCCGAAUCUAAGCGGUUCGCGAACGCCGCCGAGCAGCGCAGCGAGGCCAUGUAUGCGCUCAUGUGGAAUGUCACCCACUGGUCCUACUUCGACUACAACCUGACCAGCAACUCGCAACACAUCUUCGUCCCUGCUGAUGAAGACACUACUCCUGCUGACCAGACCGACGCCCCCCCAGGCUAUCAAGUCCUCUUUGACAUUGGCCAGCUUUACCCCUUCUGGACCGGCGCCGCACCUCUUUCGCUCAAGGGCAACCCCCUGGCGGUACAGCUCGCCUACUCUCGUGUGGCCCGCAUGCUCGACACCAACCCGGGCGCCAUUCCCGCUAGCAACUUCCGCACGGGGCAGCAAUGGGACCAGCCGAAUGUCUGGCCGCCACUGAACCAUGUUCUGAUGAAAGGCCUCCUCAACACACCCCCCACCUUUGGUAAGUCCGACCCGGCCUACCAGGGUACCCAGGCGCUUGCUCUCCGCAUCGCCCAGCACUACCUCGACUCAACCUUUUGUACGUGGUACGCCACGGGUGGAUCGACCUCAGACAUGCCGCAGCUGGAGGGCGUCGAGCCUGGCGCUACGGGUAUUAUGUUUGAAAAGUAUGCCGACAACGCGACCAACGUUGCGGGUGGCGGCGGCGAAUAUGAGGUUGUGGAAGGUUUUGGGUGGACGAAUGGAGUCUUGAUCUGGGCCGUGGAUACGUUUGGAAACCAACUGAAGAAGCCGAACUGUGGUAACAUCACGGCGGCGCAUUCUUCCAAGCGGAGCCUGUCGCAGAACGGUGGGAGCAGUAAUAGUAACGGCGGGUUUGGCAAGCGGGCUGUGGAGCUCGACCCGUGGGAUGCUGCGUGGACUAAGAUGUUUGGGCGGAGUAAGCUAAAGAAGAGGGAGGAUGUCCAGAAGCGGUGGAUGAGUUGA